CAGACACAUGAAACGCAAAUCCCGACGUGUCUACUUUCUACGCAGGCUGGCGUGUACCCUAAAGAAUCAGUUGCAUGUUCCUCACUAACAUAAAAAGAAUACUUCAAAACCGACGUCAUACAAAUCUCAAAUUAAAUUCCCACCAAAUUAUACAAUAUGUAUGUGGUUUGGUUAGAAUUGAUCACGCGUGACAGGAAUUGUGGUGGUAUGUGUAUUAACGCUGGUGUCUGUGGUUGUUAAAGUCAGCGCUAAUUAUUUAAGUCGAACUGUGAUUCAUGUAUUAGAUGUCUAUUGUUUAUUUCUUGAUGUUGAACAACGUAGACACGAAUAGAAAUGGGCACUUUCGUUGUGGUCUAUGCAUUUAUAAGCGUGGCUGUGGGUUGAGAGAUUCCAUCGCAUCCCGAGUGAUGUACCAUAAUAUGCAGAUGAUCGCACUGUCAAAAUGGUCAAUGAGCGUUACUCUGGUUUUAUGGCAUAUAUUAGGGCCAAUAUGGACAAGGCUGUUUACAUCCCCAGUUGUCUUGUCCGUGUUGUUGACAGUGUCACUACGUGAAUUACCCCUUUUCCUAAUUUUUGCACUGGAUGCUGUUACUUGACCCAUUUGGUGCGUUGUGCCUGCUGAGACAGCUCUCUUAUAUGGUUAUUAUGUGAUACUCGGCAUGCUGUUCUUUUUUCUCCGCUGUAUUAACGUCCUUAUUAUUUCCCUUGAAAUUGAUUUUCCUCUCUUAUUUCGAUAGUGUAUACAGCUCUUCUAUGUAAUAAUUUUCAUAUGAGCCUGUCUUUGACGCGACAGAGAUAUUUUGUACAUCGGUGUAUAUGCUUGUUCCUACUUUUGUUGCUUGCGUUCAUGUAUGUAUCUAUGAUGCCAUUUUUGUUGGCUGUAAACGAUUAUGUCUUGUGGUUACGUCUUGUGCGUUUUUUAAAACAACUAUCUAACAUUGCUUAACCAUGAAUAGUGGUCGUCUGUUGCUCCAUAUCCAUUUAUGAAGCGUAUUUAUAUUUACAAAACAACCUCCCAACCCAACGCCAGUGCGUUAGCGCAAUAGCAUAUCCGACUAAUCACUUAUAGCUCACAAUAGCGACUUUGUACCGUGGAACCAUGUGACCAAUUCACUUUGGAGAUAUAUGUCAUCGAAGUUCCCAAUAUUGUAAUGCACCUUAGGAAUAUAAUGUUAUGCUUAUUGAAUACUGGUGCCUGGGCAUGCGAAGAUAUUGCAGAGGACGCUGCAAAAGGGAAUGUCGUAGAACAUAUGAAGACAGAUAAGGAUGAGAUUGAAGCAGCUAAAUUCCCAGAAUACAUUGUGAAUAUGCUUUAUUACUAGGAAAAGGGUAAGAAUUACCUAUAUAGGUACCAACAUUUGAACGACGUAAAGGGGUUUGAUAAAACGACGGAAAUACAAAUACGUAGUUGUUUAACAUGCGGAUGAAAUGCCUGUUUUUUAACGGCUGGAUCACAAGCAAGUGAUGAAUCACCUGCACCUCCUUUGCCUAAGAGGAGUAGAUCCACUAAGGACGACGCAACUCAAGCUGCAGAUUCAAGAGUUGGAAAACAAAUCGAGGUGCAUAUAAGGGGUGCUGCCAUUAAUGAUAGAAAGUUUGAUUUUGCCGUCAAGGGUUUUCUAUUAAUUAAUAUUUUGGCACUUUGCCAACUUAUCUCUUCAGCAUAGGGUGAGUCAGAAAUCUUGGCAACUCAGUUACUAGUUGCCUAAAGUACUUGUUAACAAUAGAGAGCAAUAUAAACACUGCAAUGCAUUGUAAUUAUCGAGCGCCCUCUCUUCAUUAUUCUACUAGCGUUUCAUUUGUGCAAUGCACCAUAGUAUCACCUAUAACGUAAUAUGUCAAAUCGUGAUCCUAAGUGAAUGCUACAUCUUGUCAUGUCAAUACGCUAAUAAACAGUGUCAUCCUUUAUUAUUCAGUC